GGUGGGGAGAUGAACGCUGCGGCCAGCAGCUACCCCAUGGCCUCCUUGUACGUGGGCGACCUGCACUCGGACGUCACCGAAGCCAUGCUGUACGAAAAGUUCAGUCCUGCGGGGCCUGUGCUGUCCAUCCGGGUCUGCCGCGAUAUGAUCACCCGCCGCUCUCUGGGUUAUGCCUACGUCAACUUCCAGCAGCCAGCUGACGCUGAGAGAGCCUUGGACACCAUGAACUUUGAUGUGAUUAAGGGAAAGCCAAUCCGGAUCAUGUGGUCUCAGAGGGAUCCCUCUUUGAGAAAGUCUGGUGUGGGGAAUGUCUUCAUCAAGAACCUGGACAAAUCUAUAGACAACAAGGCACUUUAUGAUACCUUUUCAGCCUUUGGAAACAUCCUGUCCUGUAAGGUGGUUUGUGAUGAGAAUGGCUCUAAGGGUUAUGCCUUUGUCCACUUCGAGACCCAAGAGGCUGCCGACAAGGCCAUCGAGAAGAUGAAUGGCAUGCUCCUCAAUGACCGCAAAGUGUUUGUGGGCAGAUUCAAGUCUCGCAAAGAGCGUGAAGCUGAGCUUGGAGCCAAGGCCAAGGAAUUCACCAAUGUUUAUAUCAAAAAUUUUGGGGAAGACGUGGAUGAUGAUAACCUGAAAGAGCUCUUCAGUCAGUUUGGUAAAACCCUAAGCGUCAAAGUGAUGAGAGAUCCCAGUGGGAAAUCCAAAGGCUUUGGCUUUGUCAGUUACGAGAAGCAUGAGGAUGCCAAUAAGGCUGUGGAAGAAAUGAAUGGAAAGGAGAUGAGUGGGAAAGCCAUAUUUGUAGGCCGUGCGCAGAAAAAAGUAGAGCGUCAAGCUGAAUUGAAACGGAAAUUUGAGCAGCUGAAGCAGGAGCGAAUUAGUCGGUACCAGGGAGUGAAUCUCUACAUUAAGAACUUGGAUGACACCAUUGACGAUGAGAAAUUACGGAAAGAGUUCUCUCCUUUUGGAUCGAUCACCAGCGCUAAGGUGAUGCUAGAAGACGGAAGAAGCAAAGGAUUUGGCUUUGUCUGCUUCUCCUCUCCUGAAGAGGCAACCAAAGCAGUCACUGAGAUGAACGGACGAAUUGUGGGCUCCAAGCCGCUGUAUGUUGCCCUGGCGCAGAGGAAGGAAGAGCGGAAGGCUCACCUGACCAACCAGUAUAUGCAGCGUGUGGCUGGCAUGAGAGCGCUCCCUGCUAAUGCCAUCUUAAAUCAGUUCCAGCCCGCGGCCGGUGGCUACUUUGUGCCAGCAGUUCCGCAGGCUCAGGGAAGACCUCCAUAUUACACACCUAACCAACUAGCACAGAUGAGGCCUAAUCCACGCUGGCAGCAAGGCGGGAGACCUCAAGGCUUCCAGGGAAUGCCAAGUGCUAUACGGCAGUCUGGGCCUCGUCCAGCUCUUCGCCAUCUGGCUCCAACUGGUAAUGCUCCGGCCUCUCGUGGCCUUCCUACUACCACUCAGAGAGUCGGGUCUGAGUGCCCGGACCGCUUGGCUAUGGACUUUGGUGGGGCUGGUGCCGCCCAGCAAGGGCUGACUGACAGCUGCCAGUCUGGAGGCGUCCCUGCCGCCGUGCCAAGCCUUGCACCUCGUGCUGCAGUUGCUGCCGCUGCUCCCAGGGCUGUGGCUCCAUACAAGUAUGCCUCCAGUGUCCGCAGCCCUCACCCUGCCAUCCAGCCGCUGCAGGCACCCCAGCCUGCGGUCCAUGUCCAGGGCCAAGAGCCGCUGACUGCCUCGAUGCUGGCUGCAGCACCCCCCCAGGAACAGAAGCAGAUGCUGGGGGAGCGUUUGUUCCCACUUAUCCAGACAAUGCAUUCAAACCUGGCCGGCAAGAUUACAGGGAUGCUGCUAGAAAUCGACAACUCGGAGCUGCUCCACAUGCUGGAGUCCCCCGAGUCUCUCCGUUCCAAGGUGGAUGAAGCUGUGGCAGUCUUGCAGGCUCAUCAUGCCAAGAAAGAAGCCGCCCAGAAGGUGACUGCUGUUGCUGCUGCUGCUGCUACCUCUUAGACAAGGAAAAAGCGUCAAAAGCCAAAUAAGACCUCAUGGCAAAAGCUGAGGUCUGAAGACUCCCUGGUUUGUCUGCGGACCUCCACACCAAGAACCACAGUUGCAAAUUCAAUAGGUCAUUUUGUAUCAAGAGGUCAAUUAUGAAGCACCUAGAAUUUUUCAAUUAUGAGAAUAUAUUCUCUGGGUUCUGCUAUGGCCCAGGAGGUAACCUUUUUUUUUUUUUUUUUCUAUUGUGGGUUCUGAUUUUUUCCCCCUCCCAGAAAUUGGAUUUAAUGUACCCAAGUUUCUCAAUAAAGAAAAAAAAUCUCA